AUGUUGGAAGAGGUUAGAAGAGGCGGUACAAGUGAUGCGCCAAACAGAGCCUACGCAGAGCGACCGCUUACAUCGCCACCAAUCCCUCUACUUGAAGGGGUUUAUAUUCCGAUCAGGGAGGAAAUCGUUGUUGAGAAAGAAGCUUCUGAGAGUCUCACACGUAUUAUUGUUCAUGGCUCCCUCCACUGCUCGCCAUGGAGAUUCCCUUUUCAGCUUCCGUUGAUUCCUUCUCUUCAACAACACAUGCUCGCUGUCGGCUUCCAGGUCCCUUCAGGCCUCUCUCAUCUACUGCUUCCAGGCAGGGCUACUGUGUUUGGAUCAGUCAUACCAAGAGAGUUUGAGACUAUUAGCAGAGACAAAUGCGGUUGUCGAAAUGCACAAACAUGGUGGUUGUAUCAUGGAUUUCACAUCCCUCAAUAUCGCAUUGGUUAGUGUUUUCUGAAUUUAACUUAGGCUUUCUGUU